AUGGCCUCUUACAGCGUCACGGAUAGUCCCGAAACUGUGGACUACAAAACAAAAUGUUGCUGCGAAACGACGGACCAUGUGUACUAUGAUGUUCCAAAAGAGUACUUUCGCCUCAACCAGAGCCUGGCUCGGCGUAAGCUUCUUUUGACAGAGCCGUUUUCAGUCCCGGUUGACAGCAAAACACUUGAUCAUUUACUCGUACUCCUCGAGAAGGCAACGAUCCUGUCUGCGCAGGUCGUGGAGGGAGAGACAAAAGGUAGCAACAACGAGCGUCCGGAGUGGAUGCGUGAUCUGAACAAACGUCAGCAGAAGUUUGUCUGUGGGUGCCUUGGUAUCACCUCGUGGGAUGGCAAGGAUAUCCCGUUCUACGUGGAAACCAUGCCCAAAAUCAACGAUGUCGUGUGGGUGAAGAUCACUCAGGUCAAUGACACCUCUGCCGUAGUGCAGCUGCUCGAGUACGGCAAACGUGAAGGUAUUAUUCCGUACACGGAGGUGACUAGGCGCCGCGUCCGCUCGAUGGGCAAGCUGAUUAAGGUAGGUCGUACCGAGCCCGCGCAGGUAAUCCGUAUCGAUACGGACAAGGGCUACAUCGACUUGUCGAAGAAACUGGUGACGCCUAACGAGGCUAAGGCAUGCGAGGCACACUUCCGCCAAGGAAAUGAAGUUCGCUCUAUUGUUUGUCACGUGGCUGAGCAGUGUGAUAUUCCGCCCAUGGAUGCAAUGGAAAUGAUCGCUUAUCCUCUGUAUCAACGGGAGCCUGGAAAGCACGCGUGGACGUGGCUUUACGAGCUCAACCAAACGGAAGACGUUGAGCGUAUUCUCGGCCCCCUGAAGCUGGAUAAAGUGGUGUCGGACUGUCUGAUGUCUACACUAAAGAACGCAAUGCGCCUGAAGGUUUUGACACUGUUUGCAGAAGUGGAGAUCACCUGCUUUGCAUGUGAUGGCGUGGAGGCGAUUCGCGAGGUUCUCAUCCUCGGUCGCAACUACGGUGAAGGCAGCGAGCCCCAGAUUCACCUCUCCGUUAAUAUUAUUGGCCCUCCCAAGUACGGAAUUCGUGCGCGCACCGACAUGAAGGAGGAGGGCAUUCAGCGGAUGAAGGAAGCCAUUGAUGCUAUGACGGCAGAAAUUAAGAAGCGAGGUGGUCAGCUAAAGGUGGUGACAGCUCCGCAGCCUCACGGCGACGCAGACGAUGGCAAGAAGGGCUUUGAUGCGGAGGACGAUGAUGAUGAGGAUGCUGACUAA